CGGGGGCGGGUCUGGGCAGGGGCGGGGCCGGCCGGGACCUGGAGGAGGAAGAGGGGCAGGUGCAGCUGGGAGCGGUGGAGCUGGCGGGAGGAGGGCGACAGCCGGGCCCCCACCCCGCCGGGACCCUUCCCUGCGUCCCCCCCUAACCCGGGUGGGGGCCGAUUGACUGUUUCCAGGCCCCCCGUGGGGCAGGGGCGCUGGAGAGCCCCGGGGUGGACCAUGGCGGUGAGAUUCCAGGUGGCAGACAUGGAGGAGCUGACCAUCUGGGAGCAGCACACGGCCACGGUCAGCAAGGACCCCCGCCGGGGCUUCGGGAUUGCCAUCUCUGGAGGCCGGGACAGGCCCAGUGGCUCUGUGGUCGUGUCGGACGUGGUGGCCGGGGGCCCGGCUGACGGCCGGCUGCGGACAGGGGACCAAAUCGUCAUGGUGAACGGGGUCUCCAUGGAGAACGUCACCUCCUCCUUUGCCAUUCAGAUACUCAAGACCUGCACGAGGAUGGCCAACAUCACGGUGAAGCGGCCUCGGAAGGUGCAGCUGCCCAGCGCCAGGGCCAGCCCCGCCGGCCGCCGGGGCUCGGGCGAGGAGGACGCGGACCAGGGCCGGGGCUACGAGGGCGGCUCGUCCAGCGGCUCCGGCCAGUCCUGGGGCGGGCGCUCGCGCAGGCCGAGGGCUGGCCGCCGGGGCCGGGCCAGCAGCCGCGGGCGCAGGAGCCCGGGCGGGGGCUCCGAGGCCGACGGGCUGGCCCUGGUGUCCGGCUUCAAGCGGCUGCCGCGGCAGGACGUGCUGAUGAAGCCGGUGAGGUCGGUGCUGGUGCGGAGGAGGGACAGCGAAGACUUCGGGGUCAAGCUGGGCAGUCAGAUCUUCAUCAAGCACAUCACGGACUCGGGCCUCGCCGCCCAGCACCGCGGGCUGCAGGAAGGGGACCUCAUCCUUCAGAUCAACGGGGUGUCCAGCGAGAACCUGUCCCUGAGCGACACGCGGCGGCUGAUCGAGCAGUCGGAGGGGAAGCUGAGCCUGUUGGUGCUGAGGGACCGAGGGCAGUUCCUGGUGAACAUCCCGCCGGCCGUCAGCGACAGCGACAGCUCCCUGCUGGAGGACAUCUCGGACCUCGGCUCGGAGCUGUCGCAGGCCCCGCCGUCCCACGUCCCCCCGCCACCCCCGCACGGGCAGAGGAGCCCAGAGGCCAGCGGGACCGACUCCACCGGAGAGAGCCCCCGGCCUCGGCGGGAAAGGUCACUGGAUUCUAGAACGGUCUCGGAACCAGACUCGCCCAGGGACCGCGACAUCCGCCGGGUGCCCAGCGGCCAGAGCCUGGAGGACCGUGGGUACAGCCCGGACACGCGGGUGGUCCGCUUCCCGAAGGGCGCCAGCGUGGGGCUGCGCCUGGCCGGUGGCAACGACGUGGGCAUCUUCGUGUCGGGCGUGCAGCCGGGCAGCGCGGCCGCCGGGGCGCGGGUCCAGGAGGGCGACCAGAUCCUGCAGGUGAACGGCACGCCCUUCCAGAACCUGACGCGGGAGGAGGCCGCGCAGUUCCUGCUGGCGCUGCCGCCGGGCGAGGACGUGGAGCUGGUGACCCAGCGCAAGCAGGACAUCUUCCAGAAGAUGGUGCAGUCGCGCGUGGGCGACUCCUUCUACAUCCGCACGCACUUCGAGCUGGAGCCCAGCCCCCCGUCCGGCCUGGGCUUCACCCGCGGCGACGUCUUCCACGUGCUGGACACGCUGUACCCGGGCUCCGGGCAGGGCCCAGCGCGAGGCGGGCACUGGCUGGCCGUGCGCAUGGGUCGCGACCUCCGGGAGCAGGAGCGGGGCGUCAUUCCCAACCAGAGCAGGGCGGAGCAGCUGGCCAGCCUCGAGGCCGCCCAGCGGGCCGUGGGGGCCGUGCCUGGCUCCUCGGCGGGCUCCAGCGCUCGGGCCGAGUUCUGGCGGCUGCGAGGGCUUCGCCGGGGCGCCAAGAGGACCACCCAGAGGAGCCGCGAGGACCUGUCGGCCCUGACCCGGCAGGGGCACUACCCGCCCUACGAGCGAGUGGUGCUUCGAGAAGCCAGCUUCAAGCGCCCAGUGGUGAUCCUUGGACCCGUGGCAGACAUCGCUAUGCAGAAGCUGACUGCUGAAAUGCCCGACCAAUUCGAAAUUGCAGAGAGCAUGUUGAGGAUAGACAGCCCCUCGAAGAUCAUCAAACUGGACACCGUGCGGGUGAUCGCAGAGAAAGACAAGCACGCGCUCCUGGACGUGACCCCGUCAGCGAUCGAGCGCCUCAACUACGUGCAGUACUACCCCAUCGUGGUGUUCUGCGCCCCCGAGAGCCGGGCGGCCCUCAAGGCGCUGCGCCAGUGGCUGGCGCCCGGCUCCCGCCGCAGCACGCGCCGCCUCUACGCGCAGGCCCAGAAACUGCGGAAGCACAGCGGCCACCUCUUCACAGCUUCGCCCCGCCAUGAACCCCUCGGCAACCUCUUCUGCACGGACGUGGACGAGCCGCCCGCCCCAGCCCUGGCCCGGUCCUCGGAGCCGGUGCAGGCGGACGAGCCCCAGAGCCCGAGGGAUCAUGGGACAGUCUCGGCUCGGGGCACCCAGGUGGGCGCCCGCCACCCCCAGGGUCAGUGGCGACAGGGCAGCAUGCGGACCUAUGAGCGAGAAGCCCUGAAGAAAAAGUUUACACGAGCCCGAGAAGUGGAGUCCUCCGACGAAGAUGGCUACGACUGGGGCCCGGCCACUGACCUGUGACCCCCGCCCCAGGCCGCCCGCUGGCCCGCCCUCCCCCGUCCUCCCUGGAGCCGGGACUUGGCUGCCCGUACAGAACCCACAACCUGCCUCCCUCCACCUGGUCGUUAAUAAAUAAGAGUAUUUUCGCA